AUGGAAGUUGAUCAAACAAAUGAGCCUCCCCGAUCUUUUAUAGCAGAGAGGAUAAUCCAGUUCAAGAGGUAUGUUAGAGGCAAGAAAGUGCUGAAGUACUCUUUGUUCGCGCUGGGAACAUUUGCAUCGGUUGCCAUCAUUGUCAUGUACUACAUAUACUACGCAAUGGAUCCAUCAGUUAGUGAAGAUAAAGAAUUUGCAAAGGACAGCCAAAUGGCGCACAAAGAGAAAGGCAAAAAGAAGGCAUCUACCGCCCGCAUCACAGCAGACAGCUCUGAGAGAAGAGAAGAUGCACACACUGCAGAAGAACCAUCUAAUGCUCUCAGCAAUAAAAAUUCUUCAUUGGCUCCAGAGGCAGACCCUCUAGUGGUGAAAAAAGAUGAAAAAACAUUUUACUCUGCUGCUAAAAGUGAUCCAAAGAUCUUGGCUACUGAGAUAGGAAAAGAAACAACAGUUGAAGAGAUAGCGAGUGUCUACAGCAACUCAAUACUCGCAAAGGACAAGAUGUGCAAUGAUAACUUGUGCGGGCGGUGCAGAGGAUGCAUGUUCUACGACGACUUAGAGCUGUACGACCAGCUAGUCAGUGCUGCAAAGGUAUACCCUAGCACAGUGCUCUAUGACACCACAGGCGCACUCACAGAUUUCGUCGAUGAAAUUGACAACUUGUACUCCAAUUUGUGCGAAGACUACAUGAAGCAUCUGGCAGAAGAGCUUGCUAAUAACAGAAUACUGCACAUUCACCUGAGGUUUACCUCGCCAUCGAAUCAGAUCUCAAACAAAGCUCCUCUUGUCUGCAGCAUAUUCACGGAGGGAGUUGAUGGCUGCACAGCCCAUCGGUUCAGACUGCAGAACAUACUGAAGGUAAACUCGAGAACAUUUAUGGAAAUAUUUGAGUCAUCUUUCAAAUACAAAGGAUACAACCUGCGCGCAUCACUCAAAGAGAUAUGCCGAUCAAUAGGAUCGCUCAAGUCAGGGGAGAGCACAGAAGCAACAUUUACAAUGUCACACGCUGGGAUCGUAGAUGCGUCUUCUUUGCCGUCAGACGGAAAAAUAAGAAAAGUUCCAGUGAAGCUGACGAGUGAGCAGGAGAAGUGCCUGAAGAAGCUCAAAGAAGUUGAGUACUGCAUAGAGUACUACGACAUGAACAAGAAAAAACAGGUGGAGACAGUUGAAAAGUACAAAUUUGCACACGUUGUUUCCUUAUUUGGAGAGCCUAAAAAAUCAGUUAAGAAAUCCGAUCUUUUCAUCGCGUUCUCUCCAACGCCCAGCAGAGAGCUGGAAGGGUUCUUUGACGGAGCAAUAGGAUUCUUCAGAAACCUCGUCCAGCUGCCCGACAGAGAAAAGAAGGACAGAAAUGAGAAUAAGUACUACGGGUCAGAGGAAGUGUAUGGAGUGAGCUUGCUCUCGUCAAUAUCCAGCUGGAAGUACGGCAAAACCCCAAUCCACAUAAAAGUAGUGGCAAAAGAAGAGAUGAUUGAGUCAGUUAAAAUAUGCGGAACAACGGUGAAGAGACCGUGCACCAUAGAAGAAGCACUCAACGUGUUCUCUCUUUUUGACCAGGCAGUUAUACUGAGUAACACAGCCAGCGCAGAGUUUGUGCAGACGGCAAAGGACAUGCUUACUCUGCUGAACUACAAAAAAAACAAGGACAGCGUGGUCAUAAACAUCCAGCAAAAUGGAAAAUCCAUCGCAGGAGAAAUACUUAUGCGAGACUCUAGGAAGAAUCUUGUGCAUGAAAGACAGUAUCUUUUUUCUCUGCCAAGCUGCCUGGAAAAAGCGCUCUCCACGAACACAAAGGAGCCGUGGCUCUGUACAUUUAUGCAGGCUUUUGCAUUUGCAGUCUGCGAGUCAAAGCCAAGCACUUCGAACAGUCUCAAAGAGGUAAUCACGCAAAAACAUUUCUUGGGGUCAGCUACCGCCCAAAGCGCGGAUAAGACCGUUUCUGAAGAUAGCUUGGAUGCGCUUGAUGAGCUGUACCGGUAUCUUUCUGAUAAAAAUGGAAAGGCCGUUAAGUACGUCAUUUUGCUUGUUGGUGACAGCCUUUUCUUAAAACUUUCCAGGGAGAACGAGUUGCAAAUAGACACGACAUACUACAGCUACAAAAACAAAGACAUUGUAGCGUCAUUACGCGGUGCUUUUAAGUCAAACUUGGCAUUUGGAAUAUUCAACAAAAAAGAUCUCGUUGCGUGGUCUGGGGUGAAGGUCGCAUACAACCUCUACAGAGAGUCACUCGACAGUGUCUCAUGGAACGUGGUAGACUAUGCGUACUACAGACUGUACUUGGCAGCUAGACCUCUCUUCAACAUUAUAAAAAGAGGAAAUCUUAUGGAUGUAAAGCUGUCCUCUGAGAGCGCCAGCCUAGAGGAGAACUUCUUCGAGCGGCUAACAAGUCUGGGGAGAUUCAGCACAGUUUCUCUUUGCCAUCCCAUUCUGCCUAUUAUUCUGGACAGCAAAAAAGGGACUUCUCUGAAUUUCCAAAUAGAGAUGGUAGAGAAAAACAUAAAAGCGAGUGCGGGAGAAACAUCGUGCAAGAUUGACAUAAAGUGCGGGACUUUUAAAGAAACAGUUGAGCUGGACUUUGUGGAGCUUGGGAAAACUACGGAUAGCACAAAUAAAGAAGAGGCAGCGAUCAGACAGAUCUUUACCCGAAUACUGAACCUUCCCAAAGUCAGCAAAGACUCAGAGACCGACCCCAAGGUAUUCAUGGACGUGCAUCUUGAAACACUGCCGCACAGCCCUUUCCUCCGCGUUGUAGUCCGCGAGAAGCAAACAACGCCCAACGAAAAAGCCACUUUAAAUCCCAUCUACAAAAUCAAUCUCAACUUGGACAAAGUAAAAGAGACAGCAAAGAGCAUGGUUAAAGAAGCUGGAGAUAUCACAAAUGCAGAUCUUCCUGUACUGACUAACGGAAAUAUUGGUGUGCUAUUGGCUCUACUAGCUUAG